AUGCCAGGCUCUCCUUCUGGAAGCACGUCUCUGGGACGUUUCUCUUCGAGCGCAUCGGCGGACUCGGUGCAGACAAAUGAACUCUCGACAUACAGGAGCAAAGGACGCGAACUUGCACAGGCAAUGCUCUCAGAAGUAGAGGACUUGCUGAGAGGAUUUGACGCGGACCUGAAGAUGCUCAACAACAAGUCACGCGAUGUUUGUCACCGAAGCUGGUCUGACACGCCGCUCCCAACUGCUGAAUUGAACGUUUCAGCUUCUCUUGACUCUUGUCCUCUACCGUCCCGCAGCAGACAAUCCUGGGGGGCUCGUGACUCACACAUGUGGAGACUACCGAGCUCAGCUGUUCAGACUUUCUCUGAAGACGGGGGUGGAGAGGGAACUGCAUUCAUGACGCUCAUCAAAAACAUUUACAAAAUGGUGUCCACGGAUAUUGCGCCGAGACUGCAUAGCGUAACCCAGGAGGUUACAGAGCUGCGCAAAAGCAAUGAAAUGCUGUCUGAAAAGGUAGAACGACAACGGUUACGUAAUGAUAAAUUGCUCGAAGAAUCCGAAGACCUACAAGCCGAACUUAGGGAUAAAGUCAAACAGCUAAAUGAACAACGGAGGGUGUCGAAAAACUUGGACAUAUAUGAGGGAGAAAACGCCAUGCUGAAGGUGGAGUUGAACAGUUUGCGCCUCCGCGUUGAGAAGUUGGGGGGAAACAACCCGCCGCAACCAGUGGCGGUUCGAGAGGUUGAAGAAAAGACGGAAGUUCCGUGCAAACGAGCUUCAAGCAAUGACUGGCUAAAGAAGGAGAAUGAAGAGCUACAGAAAGAGGUAGCUCGCUGGCGAACAGAAGCGUCGGAGAAAGACCUCCUGAUCAACGAGUUGAAGGGUGUAAUCAAGAAUAUCACGGUGGCGGAAACGCCACGGUCACCUGUACAACGCAAACUCUCUGCUGCGCGUCCAGAUCCCAUGCUUAGCUCAACAAUGGGUGCAAAUAGAGCACUAUCGGAUGCCGCCUCAUUGGACUCUCCAGUGGGCACGGCAUUGGCUAUAGAAACCCCAAGGGGGCGUAUUCGCAGCAGCCUUAUGGAGAAACUCUCACCUUUUUCAUCGGCUAAGCGGUCUCCUUCAGUCACGACACUUGCACAGGACUUAAGGAUACCACCUGCUGCAACAGCCGAAGGUUCGAACGACCACCCAACGCCUGCAGCAAAUAAGAACCGCAGCAGACGCAGGAGCGUCCUCCCGUUUGUUCCAUUGCGUGCAGCGGCCCCUGCAGCAGACGCAGCGGAUAAAGCAACUGUCUUAGAUGAUCGUCACGAUCCUCCACGAGGAGUAGCCAGCCGGUUGCUGGAAGCCACAUCAGAGGCAAUGGAGGGAGCCCUUUUUGAGUUAGAAGACAUAAGGGCCUCUCGGAUCAAAGAUACGAAGGCAUGGGAGUGCAGUAAUACUCAUCUGAAGCAGCUGCUUGCGCAGGCAGAAGCAAAGCUUAGUGCGGCCACCGCACAAACCGAAACCCUAACGAGUGAGCGCAAUUCAGCGAUUGCUGAGCGCCGUGAAGCUCAGGAGAAGAUUGAUGAACUUAGCAGACAACUGCAAAAGAGUAAAUCCGAAACUGCGGAGCUGCAGGCUGCUCUGGAGAAGACGGAACAGAAAAUGCAAGCGGCGCACAAAGAAGCUGCAGCGGCAGAGCUUAGGCUCACAGAAGCAUUAACGUCUGCGGAGAAGCAGAUAGCGGAACUGCAAGAUAUGGUCGCUUUCCGCAACGGAAUAAUAAUGUCGGUAGUCCUCAACUCAAGCGAUAUGCCUCCGGAGCAGCAUUUGCAGGUCAAUAAAAGUGUCGGAACGUCUGAUGCACCGGCCUUCGGCGCGUCAGAUGCAGAACCGCCACUCCGAGUACCGUGGAAGCGCCCAGUGGCAAAUGACGAACAAGAGGGCGCCGCAGGGGGCUGCCCCCUUCAGCUGUGCAGCAAUAAACAGCUAGUGCAGCACUCAGAAGAUUCACGCGGACGGAAGUUUAAGGUCGUUUUUAGGCAGAAAGACGAUACAUGCUGCACGACUUCGGGCUGCCUCAAGUUAUGGAGCAGCGGCUCAGCAGAUUCUGCCCUUCCGUUGUAUUCCCUUCAGCCGCCGACCGGCUUGGAGGACGAAACGGGACCCUCCCGGAAGUUUCAUCCGCAUGCGGCGCCCAAUGCCGCAUUCAACAGAACAGGGGUAGAUAAUAAUAACCGGGGCCUUUGA